AUGAGCGACAGGCCAGACAAAGACGAGACACUGCAACAGUUUGGAAAGUUGAGUCUAAACAAGGAGGCUGAUGCAAGUAGCCUAUCAGUAUCAUCUAUUUCAACAACGUCAACGGCAUCAGCAUCCACACAAUCUACAGCUCAACCACCAGUGUCUUCUCCACCAGUAGCCCCAUCAGUGCACACACCACUAAAUAGUGACAUACAAGCAAGAUUAUUGGCAUUUCAGCAAAAGCGAUCUAAGCCAGCUUCAGAACCCAUGAAUGUGUAUAAGCAACACAAUGCAACGACGCCCAACGUGACAACAGCGACACCCACACAGCUGUCACUCGCUCCACCAGCACCACCCCCGCAUGCGACAGAGUUCAAAAGUGAUUCGAAAAUAGAGACUUUGUCCCAUGUAGAACAAGAGAUAGCAACAGCCAACACGGCCCAAGAGUCGUCACCCAUAGCCUCCAGCAACCUCGACCCGGCAUCUGGAUCCACCAAGAGUACAAUAAAACCGAUAAAUGUUAAUCCUCAGCACGCAAAUGUACCCAAUAUAAACCUACCCGCGUCUAAUAGAAACACACCUGCACAAAUACAAACACAGAGCCCCUCACAGAACUCUAUUCAAUCCCCAACCUUUAAACCACAGGUGAAUAUUCAAAAGAAACCGUCGCUAUCGCAAAGACGAGGAAUGAAGUUGAACACAAGUGCGUUCCCUUUUGGUAGUCCUCCUAUAUCAUCGGAAUCUCCACCUUCAGCUGCAAUGUCACCUACUUCACUUGAUGCGACACUUAAUCUCAAUACUGCUACAACCAAAACCCCAGACCGCGAGCAACCUCCCAAGGAACUCGCCUCUGCUACAGCCAAUGCUACUAAUACUAAUUCCACUACUGCCCCCUCCUCAACCACUUCAACUCCAUUUGCAAGCACUAUGAAUUCCAAACUAGGUACACCGAACGAGUUAUCAAGACGAUUAUCUGAACGGAAAAAGAAACCUAAUUUCAAGCUCAAUUUGGAUUCACCAGGAAGCAAUAUCCCUUCAAGAAGUAGUAGUUUAGGUAAGUCCAAUUCUUCCGGUCCAUCAAGUGAUAACAGUCCACAACAACAAGAUAAAGAGCCACAACUACAAGGUCUCUUUGCGAACUACUCGAAGUAUAUUGAUAUCAAAUCCGGACAAUUAAACUUUGCUGGUAAGGCAUCUUUACAUUCCAAAGGUAUUGACUUUUCCUCGGGUUCAUCCUUUCACAUUUCACUAGAUGAAUUUGAAUAUUUGGAAGAGUUGGGACGAGGUAAUUAUGGAUCAGUUUCUAAAGUAUUGCAUAAACCUACUGGUGUUUUAAUGGCAAUGAAGGAAGUGAGACUAGAAUUGGAUGAAACAAAGUUUACCCAAAUCUUAAUGGAAUUGGAUAUUUUACACAAGUGUGAUUCGCCAUACAUUGUUGAUUUCUAUGGUGCUUUUUUCGUUGAAGGUGCUGUUUAUAUGUGUAUUGAAUAUAUGGAUGGUGGUUCACUUGACAAAAUAUUUGGUAACGAUGUUGGAGUUGAAGAUGAAAGUGAGUUGGCGUAUAUAACGGAGUCGGUUAUUCGUGGUUUAAAAGAACUUAAAGAUGAGCAUAAUAUUAUUCAUCGUGAUGUUAAACCAACUAACAUAUUAGUCAAUUCUCAAGGAAAAGUUAAACUUUGUGAUUUUGGUGUUUCCGGAAACUUGGUGGCAUCAAUGGCAAAGACAAAUAUUGGAUGUCAAUCAUAUAUGGCACCAGAAAGAAUCAAGAGCUUGAAACCAGAUGAAGCUACGUACUCUGUUCAAUCAGAUGUAUGGUCAUUAGGGUUAACGAUAUUGGAAUUGGCAGUUGGUCAUUAUCCAUACCCAGCAGAAACAUAUGACAAUAUUUUUUCCCAAUUGAGUGCGAUUGUCGAUGGUGAACCACCAAAGUUGAAUGCAACAAAGUACUCGAAAGAGGCACAGUAUUUUGUUAAAUCAUGCUUAAAUAAAAAUCCCGACUUCAGACCUUCAUAUGGUGCAUUACUACAACAUCCAUGGCUAGUAAAAUAUAGAGACCAGCCUCAACACUUAGACAAGACGGUUCAAGAAAGAAUGAACCAAUUGAAACAUGGUGGAGUUCCUGCAUCUACGUUAACCACAACCACCACAACUACCCCAUCAUCAUCAUCGUCACCUGCUGCCAAAGCCAAGCCUUCCGCAGCCGCUGCAUCAAUUCCACAAAGGGCAAAUAAUGCCGAAUCAGUUCAUUCAUUACUCAAGAGGAAAGUCCGCGCUCCGGCUUUGCAUAGAGGUGGUUUACCCCAAGUUAAUAACAAGAAUUUUUUACAAAAUUUGAAUAAUCAAAGCAAUGGUGGCAAAUAA